AUGUCUGACCUGGAGGGUAGUUGUAACUCUCCAGCUUAUUCUGACCCUGAAGAAAAUUGUGAUACUAACCUGGAAGGUGCUUGCGGUGGUGGUGGUGAUGACACUUCUUUGCGGGGCUCAACUCUCAGCUUUGAGCAGUUGCCUGAGCAUGGUACUGAUGACACUGAUAACUUGAGUAUGGAGGUAAAUCUGGGGGAGAGUGGAUCUCGCCAGGCUAGUGAGAUCAGUUCACUCUCUUAUCAGAACCUCAUUGAUGAUGGUGAAGGUCUUGAAGGUAUCAGUCAGCAGCGUGAGAGUGAUGAAAGUGGUGAGUCUUGUAUGAAUGAUUAUCCUGAUGUGGAGAUUGACUUCCCCACUGAUGAUAUGGACCAUUCUGCUGACAUGCUGGCUGAUAGCCUUACAGAGAAAUUAUGCAAAUGUACUGGUAAAGAUCUUGGCUCUCGUCAGAACUUGGCUCCUGAUAUUCUUGCACAGAACAGUAUCCACUCUAAAAGUGGGUCUGACACAUUGUCAGAUGGCAGUGAGAGUGUCGGUGGCAACCAUCAUUAUAGUAAACAUUCACCUGGUAAGAGUGACAUUUGUUCUGAUUUUCUGGAUGGUAAGGAUUCUAAGCUUCUUGAACGAAAUGGAAUCAUUAACACUGCUGCUGAUAUUGGUUUAGAAAAGCCCUGGGAGGUAGCAGUCACACUCCGAGCAAAAUCAAAGGACUCCAAAUACAAUCAUGAUGAAAAUAUUAAAAAGAGGAACAGUUUAGAAAUCCGAAACAAUAUUCCUACAAUUGGAGAAGUGAAGAAUUAUGAUGACAGGAACGGCUCAUCUUCAAUGAAAUACAAUUCUCAAGGGGCAAAACCAAAGAUGAAGCGUCAAUCACCAGGAUUUGCUCGACGUGUAACAAGUAGCAACAGUUCUGGUAGCUGCAGUGAUCGUGAUGGCUCCAGUUCUGAACGAGAGAGUCUGUCCUACAGUAACCAGGAUAUAAAACCACUUCCAGAUUCUGGUUCCAACUUGCCAACCAAUCCUGAUGCCGCUUCUCACAAUGAAGUAACUUCUGAAACCAAUUUGGCUCGAAAGAAUAUCAACAUUGAAAAUGAAUAUGAUUAUGUUAAGUAUGCACGCAUUCAACAGGGUAAUUCUUAUGUAGGGAUGCGGCUUGCUUAUUCCAGUUCAAGUGAUUCACUAAAUUUUAAACGGAAUAGUAUUGGUAUUAAUAGCAUAAGUAGCAACUCCCCUGAAAGUUCACGAGAAUGUUCUCCAGAAAAAAUAAUCCACCAAAAGAAUGGAGCAGAGAUGUCAACUCAGAAUCAUCAGCAGGUAAAGGUCAACGAGGAUUGUUUGACAGAGAUUCCUUUGAACAAUACUGAUCCUUCACCUGUUGAGGAAAAACGUGCAUUCACAUUGUCUCCUGAGAACACUGAGUGUGACAGUGCUGAAGUGGAGAGUGUACUGUCUGAAGAGGAGAAGUCCAAUGCUGGAGGAAUGCCUAUUGUUGAAGAUGGUUUGUCUGGUAGCCAGGCCAGUGAUGUGGAUGAAGCAUUUGCUCAUGAUUGUGAUUCUCCUGCCAAAAUGCUACAACUGAAACAAAAGUCAGAACUUGAUCAGGAUCUCAAUGGGGAGGAACUGCAAUUUAAUGGUAAAGGCCUGGAUAAUAAUAAUGAUGAUGAUGAUGAUGAUGAUGACUGUAGUAAGGAUAAUCAGGAUGCCAAAGAGGCACUGAAUCACACAAUGGCUGAUAUCAAGACAGCUAUCCAGAAAAGUAAGAAUGUAUCCUUAAAGUCAUCUUUUCCUGAAGAAUCAACUACAGAAGAGCCAGUUUGGAUAAAAAGAGAUACCUAUGAGAAGUUACAUCGUAAUGAAGAGAUGCGCCGUGUCCUUGAAGAAAUUGAACGUCGACAGGAAGAAGAAUUUACCCGGCGAGAACAAGAAAAAGAGGAAGCUGAUGGUGGAGAAACAGUAACCAUGCCCACUUCUGCUGACAUAGACAAUGAAGGUCUAAGCAGCUCACCAAAAUCGGAAUCAAAAGCAACUCCACUGAUGUCGGAAACUAAAGUAUAUGAGAUGGAGAGUGAGAAAGAUGGUUUGCUGGAGAACCAGUACACAAGAAAUGAUGGCAAAACAUAUCAGACACCAAAAGGUUAUGAGACCGAUGAUGAGUAUGAAGAUAAUGAAGAUAUGCGUUAUGUACGUCGCAACAAGGGCAAAAAAUAUGCGUCUGUACCGAGUGAUGAGGGCAGUGAGAAAUCUGCCUAUCGGACAUUCUCCGAAAAAGUGUCCAGUGAUUUGUCAUCAUCGUCAUCACUGGGCCAUGAGAAGGACACGUGUUAUAAAGAUGGUUUGCACUCUGCUGCACAUGGUGCUCCUAAUUCUAGUUCAUGUGCACGAACCUCUACACCGGCUCGGCACUACUCUGGAUCACAAGGUUCAUCGGAGGACAGCGCCAGUGACGAGGCAGAGUCUCCAUCCAAUAGUACAACUGCCUAUGUCAACACACCUGCUCCUCGAGAUUUUGAUACAGAUGAAGAAACUGAUAAACUGUUACAGAAACAGUAUCAGACUGACCAACAUGUUGACAUUCCAGAGCUUAGUAAACCUCCAAUUAACCUUGGGGCACAGCCGGUGAAGAAAAAAACGGUGAGAACUGGGCAAUACAUGCAAUCCUUUCUUUCCUUCCUUUCUUUCUAUUUUAUGUUUGUACUUGUCCAUAUAUCUGCUAACUGGCAGACUAUUCCCUCCUCUUUUGUCUGUAACUCUUUGCUUGGUUGA